AUGUGGCACACAGCGCGGGGCCUUAGUUCAAGGGCCCGCUACCUGCCCUUCUGUAGCCUCAGCGUCGUACCACUGCUGUUGGAGCGCAUGCCCCCGGGGGCCACGGCACCAUCGUCUUCACCACGAGCCUCCCCCGUUCCCGCCGCUGCCAUCGCCGGAAUCGCCGCUGGAUCGAUUGUGCUGGUCGCCACUGUUGCGCUUCUCGCCUUCUUCCUCACGCGUCGUCGCCGGCGACGACGCGCGCUGCAGGCACUCGAUGGGGGCGUCCGCGCCGUCUCGCCCUACCUCAUGUCGGCGAACCCCGUCAGCCCACCAUCGUCCAAGCUGGCGCUACGGGAACGCGUCAGGCAGCUAGAAGCGGAGUUGGCGGCAGGCGCUGGACCGCCGGUGUAUACGCCUUCGUCGGGGCCUUAG